AAAAUGAUAUGAGUAUCGAAUGAUUGUUUGGGAAUUGUAAUGCUUUAAUAACUCUAGUAAAGACAUACCAUGCAUAUAUAUAAAGCUUUUCCGAGUGAAACAUUCUUUAAGUUAGUAGCGAUUUCUAUAGGAGUAGCAGUGACGUGUUUAAUGUGUAAUAUAGUCGAUUAUUCUUUUUUUAUAACGUUACCGAGGAGAACAAAAGAUAAAUUUGCGAAAACUGAUAAAAUACCGGAAAAAGUAUUUUCCGGUAGGAAUAAUAACUUUGAAUUACAAAGUUCGUAUUUAGUAAGCUUGAACAAUCCCAUAUAUGACACAAACCGUGAUAUACGUAUUUUAAGAAAAGAAACACUGAAAAAUAUUGUCGUUGAACAUGAGCAAGAUUGUCCUGAUAAACAGUUUCUGAUUUAUAAAUGCAGUACACAACUUUGUGGGGGUUUAGGUGACAGAGAAAGGGGAAUUGUGUCUUCAUUUCUUUUAGCAUUGCUGACAAAUCGAACAUUUGUUAUUUACAUGACGAAACCAUGCGAGUUAGAAAAUUUCAUUGGGCCAUUUUUCUAUAAUUGGACAAUAUGUAAAAAAUAUAUAGAAACGGUACAACCUGAAAAUAUAUCCGAACACUAUCAUAUCUGUGGACAGCGGUUGGAUUCAUUUUACACAAACAUACCAAACAUGAAUUUUAAGGAAGUUUGGACUCAUCAGAUAGUAAUUAUGCACACGAAUGUUUACAAUCAUCUGAUGAAUAAUAUAAAAUUGCACAAAGAUAUUCAAAGACAAAUGAAUUGGAUUAUCAACAUGACAAACCCUGAAAUUGUCCACCUAGUACUCCACACAUUAUUUAAACCUAGGCAACGUCUUAACGAACAACUUUUUGAAUUAGUAAAGAACAAUUUGAAUGGCAGGCAUCUUGUGUGCAGUCAUAUAAGAAUUGGUAAGAAUCCAUCAAUUCCGGGUGAUCUGAAUCUUUCAGAAGGAAAACCAAAGACACAGACAAUAUAUUCCUUCCUCAAACGAUUCAAGAACCCCCAAAAAUAUGCUUUAUAUAUUGCUUCUGACUCAAAUGAAGUAAGGCACGAUAUCAUGUCUAAUUUUAAGAAUGCUUUCAAUGUCAAUCGUACAAUUGUUCAUGUCGAUAGAUUAAAAAAUGUGUACAAAACGACAAAUGUAUGUGAAGGACUUUUUACUGCUAUACUAGAACAACAAAUGCUGUCUUUGUGUGAUACACUUUUGAUUACGCGCAGUAAUUUUGGAACAAUUGCGGCAUAUAUGCGAGGUUCAUCGGAAAACUUGUUUUUGUAUCAGACAGAUAUCGAUCAGGUCUUUUCAACGAACCUUACAAAUAUUCAAAUAAUCUAUAGAUUCUUUUAAUUUUUUUUUUCUCAUUGUCAACUGUUUUGCAAAAUUGAGAACUAAAAUCAACAAAAGAGCAAUAUAUAGUAUAACCGUAAAGAUAUCAAAUUUGCUGUGUGAGGCAUCCAACAACCUUUGACAUCAUCUAGAUGCAUAAACAUCAUUUUUCCGAUUUUCAAAUUAGAAUGGUGGAUACAUGUUAUUUUAUGUCAUAUCCGAAAACUCUAAGGCUUAGAAUGCUUAUUAUCUAAUAAACAAGCUUAGUUUUGCAUUUCAUAGCAUACAGUAUAUAAUGCAGUUGAAGAACAAUACAUAAAUUACCACGUACAAAAUGACAUUUAUUUUAAACUUUAUUUUACAUGUUUGUAACUUUGUUGUAAAACUAGUGGUUUAUAACUAGUUUACGGUCUCGGGUUAGAUGAAACGCAAAAUAACAUUUCAAUAGUUUAUGUUUUAUUACAAAACGUAGAAUAUCAAUAGAUUAAACAGUUCUACAAAAGCACAGUUAUUUUCAUUAAUAUGCUGAAAACCAUGAGGAAAUGAUUACCGUUCAAUGUUUCAAAUGCUAUAUUUUUAAAAUAUGACAUUUUGCAAAAUUCGCCAAGGACGCAAAUGCCAAGAAGAUCCCAUAGAAUUCCAUAAAAUUCUCCGUUAUCAUGAUGUCCCGUUUAAUAUGUAAGUCUCGGAAUUUAUGGUCUAUUUCAACUCACAUCGAAAGGAAAUAACAAUCAAAUAUUACCUUUAGUAUUUUAUUGUACGAAAUGAGCUGAACACGAGCUUAAAAUGCAAGACAUGAUAUGAGAAAUAUUAAAAACAUCAACAAGGUAAAGGCGACGUUCAAAGACCGCUGUCACCGACAAUAUUUAGCCACAAAAGCAGGACAUCCCGGAGUCACCGAACCAAAACCGGGAGAGGAAACAAGGUCGGCGAAAAAACCGUGCAGAAAU